GUUUUUUGAAAGAAACGAGGCGAAAGGAUGAUGUCAGGCUGCAGCGGUGGUGAAGGGCACCAAGCGUUGCCCAUCGGCAGCAGCUCUUCCAGCUCUUCCUCCUCCGAACCAGUGCCGCCUCCACGGUUCUCGCCCCUGCACAGCCCCGCCCUGCCGCACAGUCUGAGCAGAGAGCCGUCCGCACCAGCGCCAAGGGCCAAGGAGCCCAAGCAGCCAAAUGAGGCCGACCACGCACAGCCCGCCCUCUCGCCACCCUCAGCAAACCACCCUCUCCCCUCCAGUGAGCCCUCCCCGUGCGCUUCGGCGGCCUCUGCUGCAUUCGCCACGCCGUCCGACGGCAGCACGCCCCAGUCAGCUCGGUUGCCGGCCGAGGAGAUGGAGUUCGGCGAUACGGACUCCCGUGACCUGAUAUUGAUGGCCGGUGGGGACAACGGCGUGCGGGAGUGCCAUUUCCACGUGCAUCUGGCGGUGCUGACGUCGAAUGUGCCUUGGUUCCGGGAUGCGUUCAACGCGGGGAUGCGCGAGAUGGCGACCUCCAAGUUCCACUUCCCGGAGGACCACCCGGAGAGCUGGAAGAUACUGCUGAGGCGGUUCUACCCCCCACACCUGAAACUCGCCGUAAGCAAGCAGCUCACUGGCCCGCUUCAUGCCUUCAUGAUGUAUGUGUGUGUGUGCAUAUCUCUCUCUCUCUCUCUCUCUGUGUGUGUGUGUGUGAUGUGUGGGAGUAGGAGUCGAUAACGGAGGAGACGGACCCUGAGCACAUCCGUGGUCUGCUGGUGCUGGUCGACAAGUACGACAUUCAGUGGAUCAGGUCGGAGCUACUCGACAUACUCAGGACAGAGUGGUCCGUCAGGACUUUCGGCGUCGCGGACGACCUCGCCAGGUCAGUCAGUGAGCAGACAAACGACUGACACCGGAGAAUCGCUGCAUCCAUGUGUGUGUUGUGUGAUUGUGGGAUUGUGGAUGGGAGCUGCAGGCGUCAGCACCUGGACAUAGUUCGUGAGUGGUUUCAGGGCGACCUGCGGUGGAUCACCGCAGCCACCCUGCAGGACUUCCUCAACAAGUCCACAGAGCUCGAAGUAAACAGUCCCAAGCAAGAGCCCCGCACCUCAACACACACACUGUGGGAAUCCUUCCCUCUCCCCCUCCCUCUCCCUCUCUCUCUCCCUCUGUGUGUCUGUGUGGCCAUCGCUGUGUGCAGGUGGUCCGACUAGCGGGUCUGGCGUCGUUUCGGCUGCUGUCAUCUGCGAUGCCGGCGGCGAGGAUCGCCGAUGUGGGGGCCAUCUACCAGUCCAUCAACACCACCGACAGGCUGGUCUUCCCAAGUGUCUUUGCCGACAGCACUGAAGCCGUCAAGCAAAAGGCCGGAUGCAGCGGAUGGGUCAGGUGGUAAGCCGAGCACAGACACACCACAGCCGCAUCACAUCAGAGAGGAGGUGGUGCAGCCGUCCAUCCAUCCAUCCAUCUGUGUGUGUGUGUGUGUGUGUGUUAGGUAUCCCCGCAAGGGCGACGUGGGCAUCAUUGUGCACCAGUUCGACGAGCCCCCGGCUUACCUGAUGAAGGUGAGGACACAAACAGACACAGACACACCAGGCAGACAAACCGAACACGCUGACACUGCCGUGUGUGGAUGUAUGUGUGUGUGAAGGUUGGCGACAACUACGUGGUGAUCGGCAAGAACGGCGUGACGAUGGAGGGCCGCAACCUAAACACCAUCCUGCAGUGAUGGGUGGAGGGAUGGAUGGAUGGAUGGCUGCUGACGAGUGCUGGUUGGUCUUUUUCAC